AUGCGACCGCGACCGGCGCGGGACCAACUGGGAAUGCUGUACCGGCAGAUACCCCCCUUUGGCAACUUUGAUUUUCGCGCAUACAAUCUCAACUUCACCAACGACUACCUUCCUUACUCCGCAGGGCCUUCGCUUGCAUUGUCAACCUCAUACGCAAACACCGGCUUUUACCACUGCUCCUUCAAGUCCUACCAGGACACUAUCUACGUAGGCAAGCUAGCCAACAGCUACAUGUCUAAGUGCGAAAUUGCCGGUCAGACCGACUUCCUCUACGGCUUCGGCACUCUCUGGAUCGAAGACUCAGAUCUACUCAUGCGCAGCUGCGGCGGGGGCAUCACAGCUUGGAAAGGCACCAAUACCACAUAUGAGAACAAAUUCGGCGUCUACAUCCACCAGUCGAACAUCGUUGCAGCCAACUCUUCGAUUGCUCUGGCCAUGGUAGGGAAGUGUGCUUUGGGUCGCCCGUGGAACGCGCAGCACCGUUCUAUCUUUGCGAAUACGUAUCUUGAUGCCUCUAUCAGGCCGAGUGGCUAUAUCGACUGGAGCACGACGGACCCAAGGGUUACCAAUCUGACAUUUAUGGCGGAGUACAAGACGUAUGGGCCUGGAUGGAACAAGACCGGUAGGAUCGUGGGUAACGUCACGCGAAUUUUGACUGAGAAGCAGUGGCAGCCUUAUUCUAGCCCUGCGAAGGUCUUUCAAUUUUUCAAGAGUGGAAAGGCGGGCAAUACUGCGUGGGUGGACUGGAGUGCUUGA